AUGGAAAAUCGACGUGUGGUGCGCAAAUCCAUUGCCAGAGUCCUAACUGUUAUCAAUCAGACCCAGAAGGAGAACUUGAGGAAGUUUUACAAGGGCAAAAAGUAUAAGCCUCUUGAUCUGCGGCCAAAGAAGACUCGUGCCAUGCGACGCAGAUUAAAUAAGCAUGAAGAAAAUCUGAAGACCAAAAAACAGCAGCGAAAAGAACGUUUGUACCCUAUGCGGAAAUACGCCAUUAAGGCGUAAAACUGCAGUGUGCUGAAAGUUCUUAAUUAUACUGGCUGAGUAUGUCUCAUUAAAUAGAAUUUUGUUUG